AUGGUCUUAUACGAAUCCUAUAUAUCUUUAAAUAAGCAUAUAAAAAAAGACGAUGUAAGAAAUUUGAUGAAAAAUUUUAACUAUAUAAUAAAUAAACACAAUGGAAAUGUAAUAAGUAUAAAUGAUUUAGGAUGGAGAAAGUUUGCUUUUUGUAUAAAGAAACCGAAAGUGGGUACUUUUCAUUUUGGAAGAUUUUAUUGUAUUACUUUUUAUUCGAAUAGUCAAAGUAUAAAGGAUUUGAAUGAAUUUUUUCAUAGUAAUACUUAUGUCUUAAGAUUUUUAAAUAUGAAGAUGAAAUAUAGAUCAAAUUUUUUAGUUGCUCCUUUUUCAUAUAUAAAUGAAAUUCAGAAUAGUAAUACAUAA